AUGGAAAUGUUUUUUUCUCAAAGCAUUAAUGCUUGUGAUCAUUUUAUUACAAUGCCAGUUCCUGUUUCACUUCAUUUGCUAGCUUCUUCUAUUCCGAUCUUUAAUGGGACUAAUUUCUCUGACUGGAACGAACAUAUUCAGCUUCAACUUGGUGUUAUGGAUCUUGACUUUGCACUGCAAAUUGAUAAACCGGCUGCUAUUGCUGAAACAAGCAGUUCGGAGCAACAAGCUUUGUCUAGGUCAUGGGAAAGAUCGAACAUAUUAAGCAUUAUGUUUAUGCGAAUGUGUAUAGCAAACAAUAUUAAGUCAACGCUUCCUCUAAUUGAAAAUGCAAAGAAAUAUCUUAAAUUUGUGGAAGAUCGGUUUCAUUCAACAGACAAGUCCCUUGCAGGGAGAUUAAUGGCUAAACUUACCACCAUGAAGUUUGAUGGUAGCCAAGGAAUGAAUGAACGUGUCCUUGAUAUGACUAAUCUAACUACCAUACUCAAAUCUUUGGGUAUGAAUGUUGAUGAAAGUUUCAUUAUUCAAUUUAUUCUAAAUUCUUGGCCUCCUCAGUAUGGUUCAUUUCAGAUUCACUAUAACACUAUUAAGAAAAAAUGA